AUGACAUCUGUCCAUGACACGAAUGUGUCAAGAAAUAUUAAAUUAGCGUUAUUUAUUAGUUUUCAAAUUCCAUCGAUUAUAUCUCAUAUGUUUAUUAUUUAUCAUUUAAUAUCUAAUCGAAUAUUACGACGAGCUCUUCAUAAUCAUGUUAUAUUAGUUUUAUUAAUAAUAAAUUUUUUAUUUAUAACUACUGAUUUAUCAAUAACAUUUCAUUUUCUUCGUUUUGGUUUUAUAAAAAAAACUCAAGGAAAUUUAUGUUUAGCAUGGAAUUUUCUUGAUUCAUUUCUUUCUAAUUUAUCAACAUUUUUAAUGAUGUGGGCAUCUAUUGAACGUAAUAUACUUGUUUUUUAUGAUCGUCAAUUACUUAAUACAUCAUAUAAACGUUUUUUCUUUCAUUAUUUACCUUUAAUUAUUCUUAUCAUAUAUACAUUUAUUUUUUAUUUAAUUGUUAUUUUUUUAAAUUCAUCUUGUUCUAAUAUUGAAUAUUUUAUUUAUGAUGAAUUAUUUUGUGGUAAACCAUGUUAUAUACAUAAAAAUAUCAUAUUAUCAUCAAUUGAUUAUUUAUUUCAUAAGAUUUUUUCGUCCAUAUUAAUAUUUAUAUUUAGUUUUAUUUUAUUAAUUCGUUUUCUAUGGGGAAAAAGACAACGAAAUCAAACAAUACGAUGGCGUCAACAUAGAAAAAUAACUAUUCAAUUUAUAUCUAUAUCAAUAUUAUAUUUUCUUGGUACAAUACCAGUUGCUAUUAGUGAACUUUUACAUAUAUGGAAAAAUUUAUCAAAUAAUGUAAAAGAAUCUGAAAUUCAAGAAGAAAUAUUUCUUUAUUUUUUUUAUUUUAUAUCAUUAAUUUUACCUUUUGUAUGUUUAUUAAAUUUACCUGAAAUCUAUUCUAAAAUACCAUUAUUUAUUUAUUUUAAACGUCAAUUAAAUAUACGUUUUAUUACACGUAGAAAUCAAAUAGCAGUUAUGAAUACAAUUAUACAAAGAAAAACAACUAAUAUGCUAUAA